GGGACACGUCCCGCCCGCCGCCCCCGCGGAACCGGUGCUGCCCCUCGGCCUGUCCCGGCCGGCGGCGCCGCGUUGAGGGGAGCGCGGAAACACCGACACCCCCUCACCCAUUUCCUGAAGAGACGGACCGGACAGGGCCGGGCCGGGCCGGGGAGCAGUCCCGCCGCUGCCUGCCGGGGACCCGCCGGCUUCGCCUGAGGGGCUCCGAGCGUGGGCGGGGAUGCGAUCUGCGCCGGGGCUGCCCCGGGCGCGGCCCGGGGGUGGCCGAGACCCACAGUCCCAGCGUGGCCGCACAGCCCCGCGGGUCGGGGUCAGCUCCCUGCGUGCUCCCUCCGUGCCGCGGGGCGCUCGGAGCGGCUCCCGGAGAGACCCAGCGCCCCGGGCGCUGCGGACAUCCCGGACCGGGGCUCGGCUCUGUCCUGGCCGUGACCCGCCGGUUCCCGGGGCGGGGAACACCGGGGACAUCGCGGGAGGGACGCGCGGGGCUCCCUCCGGCCUUGACGUCGCGCCUCAUUCUCUCCUGCCAGCGCCGCUCGGCUCCGGCCGUUCCCCUCCAGCAUCCCGGGGUGGCUCCGCUCCAGCUCCGACACGCGGGACUGAAAUGACCUUGGACGCCGGGACCAAGGGCAGCUCGCCGAAUCCCGCCCGGGCUCGCUGGGGCCGCGGCCGCCCGCUCGCCGGUGCCUGCCCCCGCCCGUGAGCCCCGGGGCGCGCUGCGAGGCGGGAUCGGUGCUGGGCUCGCCCCCGCCUCGCCGUGCGCUGCUCCGGCAGCGGGGACGGGACCCAGCGCAGGGCGCUCAGCGGCGGAGGGGCUCGCAGCGGACCUUUUCCAGGCUGGAUCCCAGCGCCGCGAGCUCUGAACUCCAACUGGUUUUGUUCCACUUGUAUCUCGGGACACUUGGGAUGUGCCACGCCGAUGCAUGAGAAGGCAGCUCCCCUGAAGAGCCCCGAGCCCAGGCACGGUCGUGAGAAGCUGGAGGUGUCUCACAAGCAGAAGAGUUUGGAUUCCCUCGACGGCAGCCUCCGCCUGAAUGAAGCCCUCAAGGAUGAGGACAUCAAGAAAUGCCACCGGGAAGUGGCUGCUAGCAAGUACAACUCCCAGUACCACAAGCUGUUCAAGGACAUCCCGACGGAGGAGAGCGUGCUGAAAGUUUGCUCCUGCGCGCUCCAGAGAGACAUCCUCAUCCAGGGAAGGCUUUACAUCUCCCCCAACUGGCUCUGCUUCUACGCAAACCUCUUUGGGAAGGACAUUAAGGUCGUGAUCCCCGUGGUGUCUGUGCAGCUGAUAAAGAAGCACAAGACUGCUCGGCUGCUGCCCAACGGCCUGGCCAUCACCACCACUGCCAGCAGAAAGUACAUCUUUGUAUCCCUCAUCUCUCGUGACAGCGUCUAUGACGUCCUGAGGAGAGUCUGCACCCACCUGCAGGUUUCCAGUAAGAAGAGCUUGAGUCUGAAGGAGCUGUCGGAGGAGCCAGACUCCGUGUCACUGGAGGUGAUCGUCCCGGAGGGCAAGUGGAGGAAGGUGUCACCUACCUCACUGUCACUGUCACUGCCAGAUGCCAACUACCAGUGCAUCCACCGGACCUCUGUCAGCAGCCUGAGCACCAAGGAGAGCUCCUUCACUUCAGAGGAGCCACUGGUUUCGGAAAGUGCAAUAAAUACUGAGGAAGAGCUGGAGGUGGAGCAGAGCUGUGUGGCAGAGCUGAGACCCUCUGACUACCAGCUCUUGAAGAUCUUCAUCGUGCUCAUCUGUCUCCUGGUCGUGUCCUCCUCGUACCUGGCGUUCCGCAUCUUCCGUCUGGAGCAGCAGCUCUGCUCUCUGAACCGGGAUUACCUCUCCCGCGGGCACAGGAGGUGACCGAUCCCCAGGUGCUGGCUGAGGAUGGACACUGAGGUGGUGGCACCCUGCCCAUGGAUCCCUGUGCUGUGUCCUCCCAACCGUGGCUGUGACACGUGGCCUGGCUUUCUCUCAGCCACUAAGAUGGGACCAAGUAUUUUCUCUCCUCCUUUGGGCACUUGCUCCUGGUGGGACUUUCCAGCCAGGUUCUGGCCACCAGUGCCAACUCCCCAUCCCACUGGAAACCUGUUUUCUCUCUGGGACACUGCUGUGCUGUAGCACCGGACAAUGCCUCGGAGCUGCCAAGUACUUGGAUCUUCCCUUAGGACUUGCUGCUAAAAUGGAUGCUGGUUUUUA